AUGUAUAUGAGACUUGAGUUUUGAUAUAUAUAUAUGGAGCAAACGGUAGAGAGGUCACCAAAUGUACAAAGGGGUUACCGAGUUCAAGCACCACUGGUCGAUUCUGUGUCAUGUUACUGCAAGGUAGACUCUGGUCUGAAAACAGUGGUCGGUGCAAGAAAAUUCGUACCAGGUUCCAAAAUCUGCAUCCAACCAGACAUCAACCCUAGAGCACACCGUUCCAAAAACUCCCGCCGCGAGCGAACAAGGAUCCAGCCCCCGCUCCUCCCAGGCCUCCCCGAUGACCUGGCGAUCGCCUGCCUCAUCCGGGUCCCACGCGUCGACCACAACAAGCUCCGCCUCGUCAGCAAACGCUGGUUCAAGCUCCUCGCUGGGAACUUCUUCUACUCCCUCCGCAAAUCCCUCGGCAUGGCCGAAGAAUGGGUCUAUGUGGUCAAACGAGACAAAGACAAUCGAAUCUCAUGGCACGCGUUCGACCCCACUUAUCAGCUCUGGCAGCCGCUGCCACCUGUCCCCGUCGACUACAGCUCAGCCCUCGGAUUCGGCUGUGCUGUCCUCAGCGGCUGCCACCUGUACCUUUUCGGGGGCAAAGACCCCCUUAAAGGGUCGAUGAGACGAGUGAUCUUUUACAGCGCCCGAACGAACAAAUGGCACAGGGCCCCAGAUAUGCUUCGUAAAAGACACUUCUUUGGCUCGUGCGUGAUAAACAACUGUCUCUACGUAGCUGGUGGAGAAUGUGAAGGCAUACAGAGAACUCUUCGCUCGGCCGAAGUUUACGAUCCGAAUAGAAACCGGUGGAGUUUUAUAGCUGAUAUGAGCACAGCUAUGGUCCCGUUUAUCGGAGUUGUUUAUGACGGGAAGUGGUUCUUGAAAGGGCUCGGUGCACAUAGGGAGGUUUUGAGCGAAGCUUAUACACCGGAGAGUAAUUUGUGGAGUCCGAUUAACGAUGGGAUGGUUUCUGGAUGGAGAAAUCCGAGUAUUUCUAUGAACGGAAAGCUCUACGCGUUGGAUUGUAGGGACGGGUGUAAAUUGCGAGUUUAUGACGAAAAAACGGAUUCUUGGAGUAGGUUCAUUGAUAGUAAGAUUCAUCUCGGAAAUUCGCGGGCUCUGGAGGCGGCUGCGCUUGUGCCGAUUAACGGGAAGCUCUGUAUUAUUCGGAAUAAUAUGAGUAUUAGUAUGGUGGAUGUUUCGGGCACGGAUAAACGGGCGGAGGGCAGUUCGGGAAUUUGGGAAAAUAUUGCAAUCAAGGGGCAUUUUAGGAAUUUGUUCACGAAUUUGUGGUCGAGUAUUGCGGGGAGAAGCGGGUUGAAGAGUCACAUUGUGCACUGUCAGGUACUUCAAGCAUGAAAUAGAAGUCGAAAAUAAUAAUAAUAAGGUUGUUAUGAAUUUAGGAAAUAGGACUUUUGAGGAAAGACCAUAUAUUAUUUACAUUGAUGAAAAAGAGAUAGCAGAUUAUGACUUUUCGAACUUGCUGUACAUUCUUUUGUUGUAUUUUCGUCUUUAGGUUGUCUGUUUUCUCCGAUCGUGUUUCUUUUUUUGUGAAUAUCGGUACUCGUUCCGACAUAUUUUGCGCGUAGACGAAAAAGACUAAUUUCUUGCUUUUAA